GGCUUUCAUUCAGCAGAGAAACAUGUGCACUUCUCUCGAAAUUCAGUUUCUGUAAUCCCAAGGCAGUGAACAGUAUUGAUCACUGGCUCUCAAUGAGAGGAUUAACUGGAAUUCACACAAGGGCUUGGACGCUUACGGGUGCACAAUUGGAACUUGGUACUGCUGCAUAAUGGGUUACAAAGCGACAUCCAUGCAUUGUGUCUUAAGAUGCCUGUGCUUCAUGCUUCUCCAUUUGUUUAGUGCAGCUCAAGAUGAAGACAUAAGAAGUUGUAGGACUGCACCAUGUGAUUUAGUCUUUAUUCUAGACGGCUCGUGGAGUGUCGAAGAUGUCAGUUUUGAGAUAGUAAAGCGAUGGCUUGUCAACAUAACAACAAGCUUCAAUAUUGGACAGAAGUUCACCCAGGUUGGAGUCGUCCAGUACAGCGAUGACCCCGUUUUAGAGAUACCUCUGGGGAAGUACUCCUCUAACAAAGAUCUCAUCAAAGCGAUGGAGUCCAUUGAGUACAUGGGGGGAAACACCAGGACUGGGACAGCCAUUAAGUUUGCUACAGACAGACUGUUUGGCCUUUCUGAGCGUGGCCCAUCAGGCGUUUCCAGAAUUGCUGUUGUCCUCACAGAUGGGAAGUCUCAAGAUGAGGUUUUGAAAGCAGCAGAGGAAGCAAGGAAAAAAGGAGUAAUUCUGUUUGCAAUUGGUGUUGGGUCAGAGACAGAAGACGCCGAGUUGAGGGACAUUGCAAACAAGCCAUUUUCAACUUAUGUCUUUUCUGUUGAGGACUACAAAGCCAUUUCCAGGAUCAUACAGGUCAUACGGCAGAAGUUGUGUGAAGAGACUGUUUGUCCAGCAAGAAUUCCUGUAGAUUCCCGCGAUGAGAAGGGUUUUGAUAUUCUGUUGCAUUUAAAUUUGGCCAAAAAAGCAAAGAGGACAAGAGGGGCAUUUUACGGCUCUAAUGCCUAUGAAGUGACAUCUCGUGUCGACUUGAGUGAAGCUACACGGAACCUUUUUCCUGAUGGACUGCCUCCAUCAUACGUUUUUGUAGCCACACUGAGGUAUAAAGGAUCAGUGGCAAUAGAGGAGUGGGACGUAUGGAGAAUACAGUCGCUUGACGGGAAACCUCAGAUGGCGGUGACUCUAAAUGGACUGGACCGCACUGUCAAGUUCACUACAACCAGUGAAUCAGCAAGUGGAACUCAGACAGUUACAUUUUCACAACAGACAGCAAGGCUAUUUGAUGAGAAAUGGCACCAACUGCGGCUGCUGGUCACUGAAGAGGAUGUUACUCUUUAUGUUGAUGACCUGGUACUUGAAACGCUAUCCCUGGAGCCCCCUGUUGGCAUUUUCAUCAAUGGAAAAACCCAAGUUGGAAAAUAUGUCAGUAAGGAAACAACAGUGCCAUUUGAAAUUCAGAAACUUCGCAUUUACUGUGACCCUGAGCAGAACAACCGAGAGACUGCAUGUGAAAUACCUGGAGUUUGCUCCAACAGUCCUGAUUACACUGAACCAACUGAAGAACCUUGUGUUUGUCCUCCUGGACCCCCUGGACUUCCAGGAAUAAAGGGAGAACAAGGAAAUACUGGCAAACCUGGUCAGCCUGGACCUACUGGUGCUGAUGGUAAGCCUGGUAUCACUGGCGUUAGAGGAAGUCCAGGGCUGCCAGGUCCACCAGGAGUAGAGGGUCCACGUGGGCCACAUGGGUACAAAGGCGAGCAAGGGAGGCCUGGUGUUUCGGGUGAGAGGGGUAUGCCUGGAUUACAAGGAUCGCCUGGACAACCAGGAGAGAAGGGCUCAAUAGGAUCCCCAGGAAUUGCAGGGGUGUCAGGAAAAGCUGGUCAAGUGGGACAAAAAGGAAGUAUAGGACCUCCUGGGCCACCUGGUUAUCGAGGAGAACCUGGCCCAUCUGGGAGAGAUGGAAAAGAUGGAUUUCCAGGGAUACCUGGUCAAAAGGGAGAAGUUGGAGCCAAUGGUAUUCCUGGUGCUGACGGAAGGGAAGGCCAUCCUGGUAUGCCUGGAUUACCAGGAAUUGCAGGCCUGGAUGGACAAAAGGGGGAAGCUGGUUUGCCUGGACCUAGGGGCUUCACAGGAUCAACUGGACUGCCUGGUGACAUGGGGUUACCUGGUGCACCUGGUUUAAAAGGACCAAUUGGACCUAAGGGGAAUAAAGGCGAAUUUGGAAGUCCAGGUAUACAAGGAACACCAGGGCCUGUGGGGAAUGCAGGGGAACCAGGAAGAGAGGGUCAGCCAGGGCACCCGGGCAUGCCAGGCCUGAAGGGCAGCAAGGGACAAAGAGGAAAUCCAGGUGAAAGAGGAGAGACGGGAAUAAAAGGUGAAAAGGGAGAGCAUGGUCGACCAGGGGAACAAGGUUCCACUGGUCCAAUGGGACUAAAAGGAGAGAAAGGGACAACAGGGGAUCCGGGGCAGAGAGGUCAAGAAGGUCAACUGGGACGGCCUGGACAGUCGGGUCAGUCAGGCCCACCUGGCCCCCGAGGGCUAACAGGGGACACUGGUCUACCUGGCCCUCCUGGACCUGCGGGAAGAUCUGCAAGUGAAAUGUCAGAUAAUCACAUUCGACAAAUCUGCAGAGAGAUUAUUCAGUCGGAGCUGCCUUUAUUGUUGCUGGGCAACCAACAGAGUAGCUGUACCAGAUGUCACAGCCGGCCUGGAUCUCCUGGUCCUCCAGGUCCAACUGGGCCCCAGGGACUCAGGGGUCUUCCUGGACUUAGUGGCUCCAGGGGAAUGCCGGGCCACCCUGGUCGGCCAGGGUACUCUGGUAUUAAUGGGCAAAAAGGAGAACCAGGGUUAGACGGUGAGAAGGGGAGCCCUGGUCGAACCAUCAUUGGAGACCAAGGGCCACCCGGGCCUCCAGGUCCAAUGGGUCCACAGGGGUACGGUAAGCCAGGUCCUCCAGGUAAGCCUGGAACCCCUGGUCUAAACGGAGCAGAGGGUAAAAGUGGUAAUCCUGGCAUCCCUGGUCAGCCUGGGGUGUGUGAUCCAUCCAUGUGCUAUGGUAGCAUGAUGAGGCGGGAUCCUUACAGCAAAGGGCCAAACUAUUGAUGUAAUGCAGUGUCACUGCAGGCACCAGUCUGGAGCUGAUGUGGAACAAACAGCCAUUCUCAGGAAGAUCUCAUCUUUACAGUUUCUCUCUGUCGUGGAAACAGAACGGACCUCUUCUAACACCUAUUAUGUGAUCUCAGACAGUCAACAGAACUAGAUCCCAACACAUUUUCUCCGUUGGUAUUUUGUCAUUUUAUUCACGUCUUUGAACAUGCUUUGAGGUUUUAAUGGUGUUGUGACAAUUAAUAAAUGGCUCAAUUUAAGAGGUUAUUUUCUUGUAUUUUUCAACCUGGACUUUAUUUUUCCCUGUUUUUGUGUCAAGAUGACGGGGACAACAAGUUUUGAAUUUGGCCCAGUGAGAGCAGCUACAACGUAAUCACAAAAUGUCCAUUAAAAGUCCUACUGACCCCCUCAGAUUGUUAAUAUAUAUUUCUCAUAACACGACCAUACAGAGAAAUUAUAUGUUUUCUGUUCUUUCAGCUUGAUCUGCUGUGUGUCUAACAAAGUCUCACUCGAGGAGAAGUCUAGUUCUGAAAUUUCAGGGGCGGUAAGGUGACUUGUUGUAGGAUGACAAAUGGGAGAAACGGGAGCGCAGUAAUGCCAGCUGGGUUUGUUGUGUAAGAGUACAGAGAGCGUUAUGUAAAAGAUUUUUAAUGUCAUGGGUGAAUAUUUAGUUGAUUUGGCCUUUGAAUUCGAUUGCCACCCAUAUUUGUUUGAGCCGAGCUGUACUGAUGAAGACAAAUUGAAGAGCAGACCAAGAGAGAGCAAGUGGCAACAAUCAAAGUACGGUGAAUUGGCUGCUGCAAGGUUGCAAAUCUCAGGAGACUGGUGGUGUUCCUGUGGGGGCUGUGACCCUAUGCCCACAGAGGAGAUUUCACAGGCCGGAUCAAGCGAAAGGUACCGAAAACAUAAAUUUUUUCUGUAUGGUCCAUUCCAUAAUGUUGUUAGACAAUUAUAAUAAUAAUUUGUGCAGCUCAGUGGAAAAAAAGCAUGCAUUUUGACGGUGCACAAUUGCCUGCAACGAUUAUGUUGCAGCCCAUUUCAUGGCUGCAGGCUGCAGCACUCUUUCACAAUACUGAACCAAAUUCAAAACACGUUGCUCCUAUUAGCCGCUUUAACACAAAAACAUGGGAAAAUAUGGUUGAAAAGUACCGAUGUCCUUUAAUGAAUCUCAUCUGAGCACCUUUAAUUCACGUACUAAAUGUAUGUCUGGAUCUCUCUCUGGCCAGUGUGGCUGGUAUAUUUUCCCACAUUGCCCCCUGGUGUUGCUUUAUUGCAUGUUUCUCUCUCAUUUUCACUGCACAUUGGUUAUCUUCCGUUAAAAAAAAACUAAAAAAAAUACAUAAAUUCUAUGUUCAGUGAAUUGUUUCACCAUAAAUUAUGUCUGAAAUUGGCAUGUUUCAGCACAAGACUGUGAGUUAGAUUUCCUGUAGCUGAUUAUAAGCUGCUGUAAGCCUGUGUUCCUUAAGCAUUCAGUUUGACUGUUCAGCACUUAACUCUUUAUGAAAACCUUUUACAACAGCUAAUAUUGUGUAUCACCAAAGAUAAAUUAAUACUUCUCCCCCAACACAAUACCCAUUCAUUCUCGUGUCAUUUUAUUCCAGUUAGGAAGUAAAGGUUUCCCCAUCUAAGAACAUGCUGACAUUUUAGUUUGAAAUUUUGUCAUUUAUGUUCCCGGGGCUUACCUUUCAUUACUGUAGCAGGUAUUUUAUUGUUAUUUAUAAAAGAGUCAUAACUGUGUAUUUCAGCAGUGACAUGUCGUAAACAGCUUUUGUAAUUUUAUUAUUUUGUGUUAAGGUGACUUUUGUAUGAAUCUUUUUUUUUUUUACUAGAAUUAAAAUAUCUUAAUGAUUUGUGAA